CCCGCUCCUGGACAUCAAAAGCUUAUAUUCAGGAUGAGAACAUGUCAGCCGACGAUCAGCACACUCCUCCUGUUCUACUACGAUGCCAGGCUCGACCGUCAGUACUAGCUCCGGCUCCGGGAAGUGCACACUCAAUCUGUGGAAGCAAGCCUACCAAGCACUCAACGAUGAGGAGAAAGGCCGGGAAAGGCUGCACAAGCUCAACACCAUGCUUAAGCAAGAGCUGGGUAAGCCGAACAUGAAGUUGCGGUCUAAAGACGGUUACAAGCAGCUUUCCGACAUGAUUCAAAGAAAAGCGCGGCAACUAGAGGAUAGUAAAUCCACUGAGAAGAUCGGAAGGAUCUGCAGCAACAUGAUGAAAUUUCAAGACAUCGUUGCAGCCGGUGCGAAUGUUGGAGGGCCAUAUGUUGCGAUCCCUGCUGCAGCGCUAUUCUCUGCUUUCUCUAUGAACGAGAUCUACAUGGCUGAGAGAGCAGCAAUGUACGAAGUCGCAAAAACUGCCGCAGACUACGUUGUGAUGUACAGGAAAGCCGAAGACUGGACAACGGUUCAAGCGAGUGACGAUCUCGACAUGCGCGAGCUCAAGGAGAGUCUUCAAUCGGUUUUCAUAAGCUUGUACAAAGCGAUAAUUUUCGCAUCGGCGCAGCUCAUGAUAUCUCUGAACGGGGACUUCCAGUGGCUUAAGAAUGUUGCUAAGCACUACGACUGGGCGGGUCAGCUCACAAGUCUGAACAAUGAGCAGAACCGCAUAUCGCAAUUCAUGCAUUCGAAAGAGUGGCAGGAUGCUUUGAAAGCGCAGUCAGAAAACAGGGAGAAAUCGAAGGAGCCCAAACGAGAUCUCAAGAAAGCAAUGGGCCCAGGACCACGCAACCCGCUUCAUUGGGCUGCCGCCCUCGGUGUGCCUGAACAAGUUUCGUUCUACGUGCAGAACAAGGAGUAUCCGAUCAACGCACUAACACUGCAAAGCUGGACAGCUGCACACUUGGCUGCAAGAGAAGGACAUACGAAGAUCUUGAAGACACUUUUGACAGUUCCUGGCAUCGACCUUACCAUCAAGAACCGUGAGGAACGGACACCGCUACAUAUCGCUGCUAUCUUCAACAAGAAGUGGGCCGCAAAGGCCCUGCUUGAGCGAAAUUCUAAGCUGCUCGGACCUCGAGACAAGUGGGACCGCACUGCCUUCAUCAUAGCGGCAGAGAAGGGGCACAUUGAGAUACUGAAGGUUUUGAAAGGGUUCGGACAGGACAUGAAUGAGACGACUGUGAAGCAAGGCUGGACAGCACUACACUUAGCCGCUGAGAACGGCAAUGCCGAUGUUGCAAAGUGGCUUCUAGAAAAUGGGACAAAGAAGUGGACGAAAGUAAAAGAUGGUCCGCAAAAAGGCCUGACGGCAAAACAAUUAGCGGAGUUGAAAGGAAGGACGAAAGUUUUGGAGGUCUUCUGAAUAUGCUGUCCCCACAUAACGGAACAGUUCCCAUAGACCCGGCACCAAUCGAACAUCGUAACGUCCAACCAAGCGUGCCGGGACGCACGGUGUAAUGGGAUGGGUUUGCACUUCGGAGCUUCACUAUCUUUUGUUUGCAAUUACAUAGACCUAUAGUUGAUAUAUUAAUGUUCUGCAGCU